AUGGAUCUCGGUGGCGGGAUUGGCAGCUCGGAGACGGACCUCAGUUUUGUUCCCGAUGCAGUUUUCACCGACAGAGUGCGCAGAUUUCAGGAAUUCUUGGAUACUUUCACAAUCUACCGGGACGCUGUGAGGUCUAUUCAGUUGUACAACAAUGCAAUCAACUCGUCUGGCGACGAUGGUGUAGAGAAGAAGACAAGCUCGAUUCCGGAGAUCCUUUUGCAGAGAAUUACCAUCUCGCUGGAUGAUUUAAGAGAAUUUGACAGAUCGUAUUGGACUGGUAUAUUGAACAGUCCUGCCCAUUUUGUGCCACCUGCAGAGAAGGCUUUGACAGAAGUUGCAGAAUCCAUUAACGACGUUCCGACGACAAGUUCAUUGUCUGCAAAACAUCCAUGGCGUUUGUCCUUCAAAGGGUCGUUUGGUAGUCAUGCCCUCUCGCCACGUACUUUGAAUUCGCAUUUUCUGAACAAACUGGUCUCGCUGGAAGGUAUCGUCACCAGGACGUCGUUGGUCAGACCCAAGAUUAUCAGAUCUGUGCAUUUUGCUGAAAAGACCGGCAGAUUCCACUACAGGGACUACACAGACUCGACGACUACCUUGACUACACGUAUCCCAACUCCGGCAAUAUACCCCACAGAGGACCAGGAAGGGAACAAACUGACCACGGAAUAUGGUUAUUGUACUUAUAUGGACCAUCAGCGUAUUACGGUGCAAGAGAUGCCCGAGAUGGCCCCCGCUGGCCAGUUGCCCAGAUCCAUCGACGUCAUUCUCGAUGACGAUCUGGUCGAUAAGACAAAACCGGGCGAUAGAAUUAACGUGGUAGGUGUCUUUAAAUCGUUGGGUGCCGGGGGUAUGAACCAGAACGAUUCAAACGCGCUGAAUGGAUUUAGGACAUUGAUUAUAGGCAAUACAGUUUACCCCCUGCAUGCCAGAUCCACUGGUGUCUCCGCCAGACAGACCUUGACCGACCUGGAUAUAAGAAAUAUCAACAAGCUCUCCAAGAGACCAGACAUUUUCGACGUGCUGUCUCAAUCUUUGGCUCCGUCUAUCUACGGGCAUGAAUACAUCAAGAAAGCUGUGCUGCUGAUGCUCAUGGGUGGUGUGGAGAAAAAUCUGGAGAAUGGCUCCCAUUUGAGAGGUGAUAUCAAUAUUCUGAUGGUCGGUGAUCCAUCGACGGCAAAGUCACAAAUGCUGAGAUUUGUCCUGAAUACUGCAUCUCUGGCGAUUGCAACGACGGGCAGAGGUUCCUCGGGUGUAGGUUUAACCGCAGCGGUGACCACAGAUAGAGAAACUGGCGAGAGGCGAUUGGAGGCAGGCGCUAUGGUCUUGGCUGACCGUGGUAUAGUCUGUAUUGAUGAAUUUGAUAAAAUGACAGAUGUCGAUAGAGUUGCGAUUCAUGAAGUCAUGGAACAACAGACUAUCACAAUUGCUAAAGCCGGUAUCCAUACCACGCUUAACGCACGUUGUAGUGUCAUUGCAGCAGCCAAUCCUGUUUUUGGCCAGUACGAUGUCAACAGAGAUCCUCACCAAAAUAUCGCGCUGCCGGAUUCGCUACUUUCACGUUUCGAUUUACUCUUUGUUGUCACUGACGACAUCAACGAAAUCAGAGAUAGAUCUAUUAGCGAGCAUGUCCUGAGAACCCACAGGUUUCUGCCACCGGGAUAUCUCGAGGGAGAGCCGAUUCGAGAGUCUUUAAAUUUAUCUUUAGCCGUUGGUGUUGACAACGAGGAAGAUAAUAUGGAGUCUCCAGGACACUCAGCGGACCAAGACAUGGACGAAGAAGACGGCGUUUUCGAAAAAUUCAACCCGCUGUUACAAGCUGGCGCAAAAUUAGCUAAAAACAGAGGCAAUCACAACGGAACUGAUAUCCCAAGCAUUGUUACAAUUCCUUUCCUAAGGAAAUACGUCCAAUAUGCAAAGGAAAGAAUCGUACCAACGUUGACACAAGAGGCAAUUGGAGUCAUUGUUAAAAAUUAUGCUGACCUGCGAAACGAUGAGAAUACCAAGAAAUCGCCGAUUACUGCUAGAACCUUGGAAACGCUGAUUAGAUUAGCGACGGCUCAUGCUAAAGUUAGACUUUCUAAGGUUGUGAACAAGCGUGACGCCUUAGUGGCCUCGAGCCUUUUGAGAUUUGCUCUUUUGGGAGAGGAUGUCGAAAUUGAUGUAUACUACGAGGAUGAUAGUGAGGAAGAAAUAACACCAAGAGUUUCACCAAAAAAGUCUCCUAAAAAGAAGCAAAGGGUAGGAUCACUUGCUUCAUCACCAAUCAAAUAUUCGACUCCUUUUAGAAGUGCCAAUCUAUCGUCUCAAAGUGGAACUCCAUCGAUCGCUGGAUCUCGAAGAAAGCUUACUUUUGUGGAAGACGACGAAAACGAUGAGGAAUCUGAUCAAAGCGCUGAACAGCGUGGCGACACGAUGUCCCCAUUACCUCGAACCGAAGAAGAGGACCUGCAAAGAAGAUUGCAAUUGGGGCUCAGAGUGUCACCCAGACGCAAAGAUCAGUCUACGGCCGGUGCUGGGCCACUCAGUGAAGUACGAGGUACGCCGAAAUUGCCAAAUGUUCCCGCUGCUGGACAGGAAGAGGAGCACACACAGGCCACACUUGAUUUCAACAACGCAGAAGCUGGAACAAUCUCUACAGGAAGAUUGUCUCUGAUCUCUGGAAUUAUUGCUCGAUUGGUGCAGUCCGACUUAUUCGAGGACUCAUCGUACCCAAAAGAUGCUCUGCUGGAGAAAAUCAAUGAAGACCUUCCGGAAGAAGAGAAAUUUUCCAUUCCUGAAUAUUUAGCAGGUUUGAAGAUCAUGGCAGAUAAGAAUAAUAUAAUGGAGGGUGAUGAUGGCAAGAUUUGGAAGAUCUAG